CUCUCCUCCUUUUCUCAUCCACUCGAGAGUCGGCUUCUCGCGGCGGAGCCAACUCCAUCGGCCACCAUGAUCAUCUACAAGUGCAUCGUCACCGGUGACGAGUUGUUCUCGGAUAUCUACAAGAUCAAAGAAUGCCACAACGGGCUGUACUACGAGGUGGAAGGGAAGAUUGUCAGUAGAACAGAAGGUGAUAUUGAUGACAGUUUGAUUGGGGGUAAUGCUGCUUCUGAAGCUUGCGAUAUUGAGUCGUUGGAGUCCACAACAGUUUCUGGUGUGGACAUUGUAUUAAACCACAAUCUUCAAGAAACAGGAUUUAUAAAGGAUACAUACAAGCAGUACAUCAAAGAAUACAUGAAAGUACUGAAAAAGAAACUUCAAGAGUCCAAACCAGAAAGAGUUGAAGCUUUCACUACAGGUGCUACAAAUCUAGUUAAGGAGAUCCUAGGCAAUUUCAGAAAUUAUCAGNUUUUUAUAGGAGAGUCCAUGAAUCCAGAUGGUAUGGUGGCAUUGCUGAACUUCCGUGAAGAUGGUGUUACUCCAUACAUGAUAUUCUUCAAGGAUGGUUUGGAGGAGGAAAAAUGUUAAAUCUGCUGCACUUCUGCAGUUUUAUCAUGUUGAAUUCAUCGACGCUGAUGGCCUGCUGCUCACCUUCACUUACCUGAGUAAAAUUGGACUAGUAUAAUUUUAAGCUGAUUUCAUUAUUGGAAUUCGAGGCCUUGUUUAAAAAUCAUCAAAUUGUAAUAACGUGUAUUAACCUCCCCACAAAUGCCUGUUUGAUUUGCAUUGAUAACCCAGGCAGUAAGGUCUAGCACAAGAACAUCGGCUUUGGACAUGUACAUCUGGAAGUAUGCAAUGCUGUACAUCAUGGAAGUUAUACAAUGUGAUGUUGUAUCAAUAAAUUGGAUCUGAUGCAUCCUUUCCCC